CAUUCUUUUCAUGGUUCCUCGCCCUUUGUGCCAACACACGUUCUUCCUCUUACGCUCGUUCCUAUUUCAUUGGUUUUCUCUCUCAUCAUUCUGUCCUGUUGGCUCGUACCGCAACAAAGGUCUAUCCCAUUGUGUUCGUCCUUGAAGAAAUCACGGCCAUGAGUCCUCAAAUCCUAUUCGGUCUGCUCCUGCUGGCUGGUACAGCAGCGGCGUGGUCACGUACGGACCAUUGGCAGACCGCGGUGCAGACUCGAGGGUUUCGGAGCACCAGCUUCACCACAUCCUCCAUCUCUGUCGUUCCCACCGAUGCCGCAACCCCCAUCGCGUCCAACAUCUCCACCUCGCUGAUGAGCGGGUUCGAAGUCACCGUCACGGAUUUAUUCUACGCCAGCAACGCUUCGGGUCUCUGCACCCCACCGUUGGAGGACUGCAACCCCAGCACGACGCCCAGGACCACCACAAGCAGCACCAUCACAACCAAAUAUUACGCCCUCGUCGUCAUCAGCAACCCAGCCUCGUGCACACGCACCAGCUUUGCUUACACAUCCGCACGGUCCCUUGACCGGCCCAGCGCGACCGACAUGCCCGACUUUGAGGAACAGGCCACGCAGUCGGCCCACGCCCUGGCCGUCACCACGUACGUGAGCACGCUGAGCACCAACCUCGGCGGGCAGGACGUGACCACGUCCGUCUGCGAGGUGUACUUGCGCGAGGGAGCCCUGGUGGACAUUGAGCCCGACGACGGUGUGCACUUUGACUGCGUCGAUCCCCGUGUGUAUUACUGCUCCGUUGCUAUGGCGAGGGCGUCGCACUUUGCCAGCGGGGGUCUUCUGAUCUUUGACCCAUCGACAUCGGCGGCCUGUCAGACUGAUCAGCGGUACCCACCUGCUAGGAUCACGGUGGGCGGUGGGGGAGAGAAUGGGACGUCCGGGGUGUCUGCUGGUUUCACUUUCCGAGUCGAGAUGGGUUGGUUGGCCGGGGUUGCUGGGGGAGCGGUGGCCAUGGUCGCGAUGCUUUGAUGGAAAUGUGGGUUGCUUGACUCAAUUGUAAAUCGUCAAUCGUACUAUUAGGCAUGUCCUGUAGGUUU